GUACAGAUAGCCGGACUGUCGAAGGUAGUCGAGGACGGCUACCGGAGUUAGUCAAACGCUACCGAUUGCUUUUCAGAUGUCUUGUAUCUAGUCGAUUGAUUGGAUGACUAAUCGCACCUCAUCUUCUUCGAGCUUAUCUUUGCCUUCUGUUUUGAGAGAAUCGUGCCCCAAUUGGUAAAUGUGGUCGUCUGAAACGCGGACGGAAUUCGCGCGUAACGUCGCAGCUUGGACAGUUUGGUUUGAUUCGCCUGCGAUGUCGGGAGUGCCAUUUGAAGUAUCGCGCGAUUUUUACAUUCGGGUACGCGCGCGAGCAAUGCGCGCGUCGCGACGCGUGUGAGUGCUUGGAACAGCCACUGAGAAGAGGACGAGGCCUAGGAGGCAUCGGACGACGGCGAUGCAGCAUUGUGAUGGCCGAGCAGUUCAGACAGAUCGGAUCUCAAGAUUGAAUAUCAGACUUCGGACUUUUCAAGCAGAAGGUGACCUUAAUCUAGGAAAUGGUCACUAAGAGACAUCCUCUCUACAAAUGCAGCUGGAGAAGAGACACUAGAAAUAAAGGCGAGAAACAGAGAGAGAGAGAGAGAGAGAGAGAGAUAAAGAGGAGGAAGCGGGAGAAAGGAUGAGAGAAAUGGAUGAUAUCAGAUGGGGAUACUAGAAGAUACUAAUGCAGUCGGUCGUUUCAGAAGAAGCAACUAACUGCACUCGGUGACAACGAGACGUUGAGGGAAGUUGCUCGGAGACUCGGAAGUGUUCCCCGUUGACACUCGUCGAGAUUAAUUAUUCCGGAAACAAAGACUCACGCCCUUCUCGCGUCAUUGCACGCCACCAAGUUGCAGACAGGCUGCAGGUGCAGCGUGCAAUAACCUCGGCGUUUGAUAACUAUUCCCAGCGUCGCGGGUCGACCGCAAAUACGUAAACUUAGGCACUUUGCCGAUCGAGACUGGCAUGCUGCUAACAACUUUUAAUCAUGCCCGAUAUGACUUCUGUGAGACGACGAUGAGCCAAUUUGAGCGUCACUGACGCGUCUCGUAACUCGCAUAGGAUUCCGAGGGGUAAAAUCGACGUUGGAAACGUAGGGGCGAAUAGAGAAUCUACCGGUUUUAUUUGGAUAUUCAUGUCACAAAGAGAGAAGAAUAAAAUCAACAGAGGCCUGCAUUCCUCCGAUAUGAUCACCAAGUGCGAAUCCGAUUUGUCACAGAAUGACUCAUAACAAGAGCCGAGAUGCGGCGUGGAGGCGCGACACGCUCGAGAAAUGUCGCAGGACAGCGCGGGAGGCAUACGCGAUGCACGAUGCAAUCUAACGUCAGGGAGGAUGUCUUGGCGGCACCUGCGUCUCGAUCAACUUUGCAGAUGAACUUCGUAGAUCAACAAGAUGACAACUCUGCUGCUGCUUUAACGAAAGAAGGGGAGAGACUGGUCUGAUGCUACGGAGGCGUAUUGCUCGGUACAUUGCACUGCUGCCGCUCCGGAGGACGUCCACGUCGUUCAGAUUUACAAACUUAAACGAUCCAAAAUGUCGGGUAUCGUAGAAUGGUAUAGAGAUUUGAUGGACAAUAAGCAAGAUCCGAGAACAGUAGGAUGGUUUCUAGUUUCUGGCCCUGGUCCAACCCUGACGAUCGUAGCGACAUAUAUAUACUUUUGCGUUUCCGCCGGACCGAGAUACAUGAAAGACAAAAAACCAUACGACUUGAAGAACACCAUGAUAGUUUACAAUUUCAUUCAAGUCCUUCUAAGUCUUUACCUCGUUCAUGAGGGCUUGCUGAGUGGUUGGUUAUACGAAUACAAUUAUAUUUGUCAGCCGGUUGAUUAUUCAAAUAAACCGAGCUCAACGAGGAUGGCCCGUGCCGUUUAUACGUAUUUCAUAUGCAAAUUGAUCGAAUUGCUGGACACGGUGUUCUUCGUGAUGCGCAAGAAAGACCGGCAGAUCUCGUUCCUGCAUCUGUACCAUCAUUCGAUGAUGCCGAUCUGCGCCUGGAUCGGUGCGAAGUUCUUCGCCGGUGGACACCCGACCCUCCUCGGCGUCAUCAACUCCUUCAUCCACAUCUUCAUGUACACGUACUAUAUGCUGGCCGCGUUCGGUCCGCACAUGCAGAAGUACCUUUGGUGGAAGAAGCACCUGACCACCAUGCAAAUCGUGCAGUUUAUCAUAAUAUUCUUCCACAAUCUCCAGAUGCUGUUUACCAACUGCAACUUCCCGAAGCCGCUGUCGUUCCUACUCGUGCUCAAUUCCGGCCUGUUUAUUUACAUGUUCGGAUCGUUCUAUGUGAAAAAUUAUAUGAAACCGACCGAACGGCGAGAGCGUAAGAUCAAUAAAAUUGUCAAUAUCGCUACGAAUGGCACUAUUAACGUUAACGGUUAUACGGCUUUCGAGACAGACGGCGGUAAAUCCGAUUAAAGGAUCCAUCAGCGACUUUUUCCAUCCGUAGGCAAUUGCACGAACAAACUUCCAUGAGUCUUACGGGAGAUUAGUUUGUCAAGAAACAGCUUGACACACAUUAGCUUCUGUAACAUAGAUAUAUAAUAAAACGCCGCUAAUGCGAUGUUUUCAUGAGUCCGACAUUAUUUCGUCAAUAUUUCCACAAUGUUAGUUACGAAAGUAGGUUAACGCAUACCGGUAGAAAAACGUGAAAAGAUUGAUUCGCCGUACACUUGUGCCGAGAACGAGUGAUUGGCAAGCGAUCCUUAGCGCUGACACUUCUACCGGAUGACGCGCGCAACACACAGAACUUAAUUACUACUUUCAUAAAAUUGGAGACUCUUUGUAACUAUGAAAGAUGGAGAUGCGAAAAUAUUAACGUUUAAUACAAUUUAUAGCGUCACAUAGCUAAGAUAAAUUUAUCAACUUUUAUCUUGAGAUAUAAGAGAUUUGUUCUCUUGCUAAAGUAAAUUUAUCAAAUUUUGCUUUAGCCAUCUGCAAGAUAUUCGUUUCAACCAUUUUACAUUUUUAUUAUAUGUGUGUAUGUGCGUUUGUAUGUCUAAUCAGUUUGGUAUUAAACUUUUCUUAAUCAUAUAAAAAUAAACAGAAAAAUUUAUGCAGAUAAUAAACUUGUAUAUUAUGUAUGUAAAUUUUUAUAAAAAUAGUAAAAUAUAAAAAUUUGUACGUUCUUACUGGAAAGUUUUAAAAACAACGCAAAACACAAUCGUCAUAGUAAAUUUUAUUAACAUUUUAAUCGAUCGAUUUAUU